AUGGCGCCCAAGUUUUCUGAGGACCAGGAAGUCAUCUACCAGGGGGCUGACGGCAAGUACAAGGGCCAGGUGAAGAAGUUUUGUGAGAAAUCUGGCCGCUUUGGCAGCUAUUACGAGUAUGAGGUUGAGUUGACCCAAAAGGACGGGUUGGAAACUACGGUGAAAUCGGUUACCGCGAGUUCAAAGACCCAGGACUACGAGAAGAUGACGCCCAGGACCGAGAAGAAUGUCUUGGAGGGCAGCUUGAGCAAGGCUUAA